GUCAUUCAUGCUUUAUGACACCAGCAGAUAUAAAACCAGCUCGGCUCACAUUUCCGAUCAUUUACAGUGAGCUGUGGGGAAGUGAGCGGCCCACCAAGAGAGGAGAUGCUGUCAAUGAUUAGUGCGGAUGUGCUGGCACAGGGCAGGUAGAGGGAGAGGAAGAGAGGGAGGAAGAGGAGGCAGGGAGGGAGGGAGGAUGCUGCCAGCGGAAAAUGGCUGCUGCAACCUCAAGCCUAUCCUGAUACACCGAAACGACAUCAAGGUGGAGAGAGUAAGAGAGAGAGAGAGAGCGAGAGAGAGGAAGAUUAGGAAAAUGAGAGCAGAUGGAGAGAGAAUGUGAAGCGAGUCUGAGUGUUUCCUGAAAGGAGGAAUAAAAAGAAGAGGGAGAGAGGAGAGCCUGGGGUGGGCUGCUGCAAGCGGCGGGCAACACCGAGCCAUGGAGGGCGAUGUGCGUGUUCGUGCGGUGGUGAUGACACGUGAUGACUCCAGUGGCGGUUGGGUGCCCCUCGGAGGAGGCGGGCUCAGUCACGUGGUCAUAUGCAAGGGGCGGAGCCUCGACGGCAGGGGGCGCAGGGAGUACAUCAUCCGAGGAGAGCGCCUGCGCGACCGAGCACCAGUGCUGGAGUGUGCGGUCCAGAGGGGGCUGGUGUACAACAAGGUGAAUCCCAUCUUCCAUCACUGGAGAGUUGAGGACCGGAAGUUCGGCCUUACUUUCCAGAGUCCUGCCGACGCCAUCUCCUUUGAAAAAGGGCUGCAGACCGUCUUAGACAAACUCGACAGAGGCUCUGACUCGCCAUCGUCGUCCACGCCAGAAGAGGUGGACACUGAAGACGAUGGUCAAGUUUCCCAUACAGGAAGCGAGUCGUCGUCAAACAGCAGAAAGGAGAUGCUUCCCAAGCCGAUCACCAUAGUAACAAGCGAGUCCUCCACCUGCUUCGUGCGGCCCGAAGAGUUCAGCUUUGGAUCCAGCCAUGCCGUCACCAGUCACACACCUGCUCAGAUCCACACCAGGCCGGGACAGCACCAGCUCUCUCAAAUGACCACCGUGUUGAACCCCCCGGCGCCUCCACCGCCGCCUCCAGCUCCACCCACUCCUCCUGUGGGACCCCCGGCCUCGUCCCCACUCUCCCCGCUGUCGCCCACCAUUUCGCUGCUGGAGGAAGGAGAUCUGCGCAGCGUGGACCCUUGCAAGGACCUGUGGGGUUCUCGGGGUUACGAGGAUUACAGACGCGCCGGUGCGACCAGGACUAUGGUUGGGGGCCUGACGGGCGGCGUGGUGGUCGGCGGCGGCGGGAGCCAGCAGGACAAGUCGGAGCUGUGCGUGGUUCGCUUUGAGAAGGAGCUGGCGGGCGUGGGGCCGGCCGGCUGUGAGGUCACCGUGAGCCUGGACAGCAAAGCCUCCCAGUGCCUGUCCUCGUCAUCCCCCACCUGCAUGUCCAUGCCCAACGCCGUGUCCGGAGUGUCCUCAGGUGCCGGCUCGCCGCAGGAGCCCGCCAAAGUCUCGCCAUCCCCCUGCUGCAUCCACGCCUCCCGGACUCGUAAGAGAGGCGGGGCCGGCGGCAGCGACCCGGGCGCCAUCUCGCCCGACGACGACAGCCCGUGCCCCCAGGCGUCGUCGUCGUGCUCAUCUCGCUGCGUCUACUGCCGCUCUGUGUUCAGCGCCUCGGAGAACGGGCGGGGCCGCUGCAGGGACGCCCCCGACCCGGCGCUGCACUGCCUCCGCCAGUGGACCUGCGUGUGGUGCGCGGAGAGCCUGCUGUACCACUGCAUGUCGGACUCGGAGGGGGAGUUCUGGGAGCCCUGUUCGUGCGAUGACUCAAUGGGGGGCCACUCACACCCGCUCUGCUGCGCCCGCUGGUUGGCCCUGCUGGCCCUGUCGCUCUUCGUGCCCUGCAUGUGCUGCUACCUGCCUCUGCGCGCCUGCCUGCGAUGCGGGGAGAGGUGCGGCUGCUGCGGGGGGAAGCACAAAGCGGUCCGAUGAGGCCAGGCUGAGGGGCGGGAGGGCUUCCCUGGACCGGGUGAACCGAACACCCGACGGCAGUCCUCCAAAGCCCCGCAGCUUUCCACUGAUUUCAGCUCUUUCUCUUUUCAGCCGGGAGCCUUCCUCGACGGUCCAGGUGCUCUGCACUCUGACUGGGCUCUCUGGGAGUCAUCUGGAGCCUUCGUAGUGGAUUCACUGGGGGAGCGCACUGCAAAAACACCAAAUCUCACCAAGUGUGUUUUUUUUGUUGUCUAGUUUCUACUGCAAAUAUCUCAGUCCACUUGCUUGGUUUUUCUACUUAUACUACUUCAAAAAACAACCCAGGCACCUAAAAAAACACCCAACCAUUUUUUGGUGUCUGGAAAAUUAACCCUUUCAAAAACUAUCAUUUGACGGGUGUUACCUAGCAACCCCAGCUCAUCACCUAGCAACGCAACUCGAGCACCAUUGGUGAGCUGUUGAAUGGUUGCUGAAAAAGAGAAAUGUUUUGUUGCUGACGUGCUACUCAGAAACCACUUGCCACAUUCCUGUUGGUUGUGUAGGAGGCCCUACUUCUGCUUUUCAAAGAUGUUUGUAUGGUCAUAUAAUUGCAGCCAUUUUCACGUGCGAUAGUAAAGGUUGAUUUUGUGGGCGUGGCCAGCAGCAGCUUAUUUGGAUUUAAAGUGUCAGAGUCCACAAAACAACUCAUUCUGAACAGAAGAACUGACCAGACUAAAAUCACAUUAUCUAAGAAUGAUUUUGUGGAAAAAAUAUAAUGAACAUGUUUUAUAAAGUUAAUAUCCUAAGGCAUAAAAGUUCAACUUUAAAAUAAGACUAAACUAACUUACAAGUAACAUUUCAGCAUGAUAUUAAGGCUGCAGCUAACAAUUAUUUUAGUAAUCGAUUAUUCUAUCAAUUAAUUGGGUUAAAAAAACAUCGACCAAGCCAAAGAGGCUUAUUGUGUUAAUUUAGACAUCGAUGUCAAAACAUUCUUAAAAAUAUAUUUUAUUUUAUUUUUAUUUAUAUUGCUCUUAGUAAAGGCAAUCCAGAUUUCAUGAGUGUCAAAUUACUUUU